AUGGGGUGUCUCUAUUCUAAAAAGUGUAACCGUAAGCAACAACAAAAAUCAUUACCGAUCAACGCUAAUAAUGAUUGCCAGUAUGUCAAGAUCUGUUCUAAGGAUAUAAUUGCCGCGACUCACGAUUUUAAUGAAGAAUAUAAAAUAGGAAGUGGUGGUUUUGGUGAGGUUUAUAAGGGUAAACUACCGUCCUAUGGCGUUGUUGCUAUCAAACGAAUUAAGGAUGGCGUUUCCAAGGAAUUUCGAACAGAAAAUCAAUAUCUUAUGCAAUGCGAGCACUCCAACUUGGUUAAAUUAUAUCAAUCUAUGCAAGUCAAAGGCCACCACUGCUUAAUUAUGCAGUAUGUGAGCAAUGGCAGUUUAAAAUCGAACUUGAAAGAAAAGGAUUGCAAUCUAAAUUAUAUAGUCAGAUUACAAAUUUGCGCAGGAAUCGCUAAAGGGAUUCGUUUCCUUCAUACUGGAUUUCAUUACUCCUUAAUUCAUCGAGAUAUUAAAACAGCGAAUAUCCUACUCGAUCAGAAUUAUGUUCCAAAAAUAUGCGAUUUUGGAUUGGUGACAGUAAUAUAUGGUGGAAAAAAUAAUACGAGUGUAACUAUAGCUCAAGAUAAUGCAGGUACUCGAGGUUAUGCACCGCCAGAAGCUCGGGUUGGUAUUAUUUCCAGAAGAUUUGAUAUCUACAGCUUUGGUGUGGUGAUACUUGAAGUUGUUUCAGGCAAAGCCAAUUGUGCCACCAAUCGUAAACACCGUUACUUAGCUCAAUACUUUCAGUAUUGCUAUGCCUAUGAUAAAUGGAGUUUCCCUCUUGAUCCAGUAGCAAAAUGGCCGCAAAAAUUUGCAUGGAAAUUAUUAGCCUUAGCGAAAGUUUGCUUGGAAGAUAACCGAUAUAAAAGGCCGGACAUAUCUUCUGUAAGCAUACAUCAUAGUACCUUAUAA